AUGGCUAUUGUGCAAGACUGGCUCCCCGCCAGUCGCCAGAACUACGAGACAUUAUUGUGGUGGUGGCAAUUCUACCCUAUCGUCGGAUCUAUGCAAUGGUUCGUCUCAUGGUACGGCAUGGGCAAGACCUCAGUCGCCAGCAAACUCAACAUCCCGGGCCGUAUAGCGUGGAUGACCAUGGAGGUCCCCGGCUUCGUCACGCUUCUCUACAUCAUGAGCACGCUGCCCGGCGAACACGGCAUCACAGACCUGCCGUGGCAGAACAAGGUGCUCGGCUCCCUCUUCGUCAUCCACUACAUCUACCGCGCCGUCCUCUUCCCCAUCAUCCAGCCGUCCAUGUCGCCCAUCCACGCCGCCGUCUGGGCCUCGGCCAUCUUCUUCCAGCUUUGCAACGCCACCGCCAUCGGCAGCUGGCUGGCCGCCUACGGCCCGACGACCCAGGACGAGUGGCGCGCCCAGAGCUCCGUUCUACAAUUCUCAAUUGGCGUGGUCGUCUUCUUUGUCGGGUUGACCGCCAAUUACUUCUCCGAUGAGGAGCUGCGCGAGAUCCGCCGCGGCGAGUUGGGGCGCCAGAACGGGCUUAAGAAACAGGGCAGGACCGUCGACAAGCACUACGAGGUGCCGCAGAACGGCCUCUUCAAAUACAUGCUCUUCCCGCACUACUUCAUGGAAUGGGUCGAGUGGACUGGAUAUUGGAUUGCUGCCGGUGUUUCUUGCACCCCGGCGCGAUGCUUCUUACUCAACGAGAUCUCUGCUAUGCUGCCCCGAGCGGUCGCCGGCGGCAAGUGGUACAAGGAGAAGUUCGGCGAGGACAAGAUCAAGGGAAAUUGGGUCAUCAUCCCCGGCGUCUACUAG